GGGCUGCACAGAGCCUCGCUGGUGGACAUCCGUCUGGUCAGCGCCAAGACAGGCUUCGGCCUGGAAGGGCUGGUCAGCCGUCUGCAGCGCUCCUGGAAGUGCGCUGGAGACGUUUAUCUUCUGGGCGCCACCAACUCCGGCAAGUCCACGCUGUUCAACACGCUGCUGCGCUCCGACUACUGCAAGUCCCGUGCCCCCGACGUCAUCGACAGGGCCACCGUGUCCUCCUGGCCAGGAACAACAUUGAACCUGUUGAAAUUUCCAAUUAUUAAUCCUACAUGUGACAGGAUAUUCCGAAGGCAGGAGAGGCUAAAAGAGGAGGCAACAAAAACAGAAGAUCAGCUAAGCAUUGAAGAAAAAAAGCACCUUAAUCACCUUAAAAAGCAAGGUUACUUGGUGGGAAGAGUUGGAAGAACAUUUCAACGGCAGAGGUCUAGCCUUGUGGUUGACUUUGACCCUGAUGUGCUCUCCUACAGCAUAGAUGAAGAUCCUAGACAUUCCCCUAAGAAGCACAAGGAAAGGGAGGAGUUCACACACAAUGAAGUGAAGGACGCUCGCUGGUGUUUUGACACUCCAGGAAUUGUAAAGGAAGACUGUGUUUUGAAUCUUCUGACAGAGAAGGAAGUAAAGCUGGUUUUGCCAACACAGGCGAUCGUUCCACGGACCUUCAUUCUCCAGCCAGGAAUGGUCUUGUUUUUAGCAGCCUUGGGACGUGUAGACUACUUACAGGGAAAAAAGCCUGCAUGGUUUUCUGUAGUGGCUUCUAACCUGCUGCCAGUCCAUGUUACUACCUUGAGUAAUGCAGAUACCAUCUAUGAGAAGCACACUGGCCAGGAGUUCCUAAAGGUUCCCAUGGGUGGGGAAGAGCGAAUGAAAGAGUUUCCCCCACUUGUCCCUCAGGACAUUACACUGAAAGGAAUUGGUACCACUGAGGCGGUUGCAGAUAUCAAGCUUUCCUCGGCAGGAUGGGUGGCAGUGACAGCUCAUGCAGAAGAGGAACUGCUGCUCCGAGCCUAUACUCCCAAGGGCACUGCGUUGGUGGUGCGGAGUCCUCCCCUUUUGCCAUACAUCAGUACCAUCAGAGGGGCCCGGAUCGCAGGCACUGCUGCCUACAGGACCAAAAAGCCUCCCUCCUUUGUGGAAAACCUGAAAACCAUGGGAAACAGAUAA